AUGUCUGCGGAUCCUCAAUCUUCCAUGAGCUUGCUUCGGUUUCUUAAGCAGGCUUCUCACUAUGCCUUGUCGCAGACUCGACAAAAUCAGGUAACAUACGUCCUUGGGAACCCUUCGGCAGACCUAGACUCGAUCAUCUCCGCCAUUUUAUUUUCAUAUUUUGCGAGCUCCAGCAAAAUACUUCAGCGAGCAAAUCCAGUUUCUCGCCAGUAUGUUCCCAUCAUCAAUUUACAUGAUGUCCCAUCGGGUAGGGAAGUAGGAAGAUUACGCCCUGAAUUCGUCACGGCAUUGAAACUUUCGACGAAUGAAGGCGAGGAUGGUGAAGGGUUGUUGUUGAAAGAGAAUAUUUUAACUAUUGCCGAUUUGAGACAGCGACUCCACCAUAAUAGAUCAGGGUCUGACGCUCCACGGGACAUGGACGUGUUCAUGGUCGAUUGGAAUGCACUGCCGGUAAUGGCGAGUGGUAUCCGUGGAAUUGAGGGUAUCUCUGCCGCCCAUAAUGAUGAUGAUGAUAAUAUUCGAAUCUCGGUGAAUGGGUGCAUUGACCACCACGACGACGAAAAGUUUGUUUCGCCGGAUGUGGGGAUGCGAUGCAUCCAAACUGGUGUAGGAAGUUGUACGUCUCUCGUCGUUCGUGAGCUACGAUCCCUUGGGCUAUGGAAGGAUACCCCCGUUCCUGCGCAGAAUGAAAUGGUUAAGGAUGCAGCUUCCCCGCCAUUCAACGAUGGGCUGGCCUUAAUAUACGAGUCUCAAGCCGCGAAGCUCGCAUUGGCGGCUAUACUUGCGGAUACAACGAACAUGACGAACAAAGAUAAAGUGUCAGAUGUUGAUCGUGUGGCAGUAUCAUUCCUUGAAAAUAAGAUCAAGCAAACGCAGGACCGCAGUUGGAGUCGUGACGAGUUUUUCCAACAGAUUAUCGAAGCGAAGAAUUCCAGUGUUGAUAGACUAACCAUAGACGAAGUCUUGGGAAGAGAUUACAAGGACUGGAUCGACCAGGUCCCCGCAGCGGGUGGAUCUCCUGGAGAUAUCAAAAUCGGAAUAUGCAGCGUGGUGAAGCCGCUUUCUUGGCUUGUUUCGAAGGCUGAACAAGAGGAUGGAAAGUCCAACUCCUCUCAGCCGUUCUUCGAUGUAUUACACGGUUUUUCCCGGACCCGGAAUCUUGAUGUGGUUGCCAUAAUGACUGCGUACACUCUUCAACCGGAACACAAGUUUAAUCGUGAAUUUCUACUGUGGGUUCUCAACCCGGUACAUUUGCAGGGUCUGGAAAACUUCGAACUGUUGGCAGUGGAUGAGCUUCAGCUGCAAAAGUGCCCGAGUGUUGAUAUACAAACGCAUUCAACCAUGGACCAGGCUUCAAUCCGCAUAUGGAACCAGAUGGAUGUGUCGAAAAGCAGGAAGCAAGUCGCCCCGUUAUUGAGAAAUGUCAUGGCUAGAAAGUUGGAGUAA